AUGUCGAAUAAUUCGUCCAAUGGUGAUCCUGUAAAUGGUCUUGAUUAUAUUUUACUAUAUCGUCUUAUUGUUUGGGGUUAUGUUGGAAUUGUUUUAAGUAUAUGUGGUAUUGUUGGUAACAUCAUUACCAUCUUGGUACUUAUAUCUCCAUCAAUGCGUACUACAUCUACAAAUAUUUAUUUGACAGCCUUGUCAUGUUCAAAUAUACUUUUUCUUCUAAUAUUUAUACCAUCAUAUUCGAUGAGAUAUUUAUUAGGUUAUCGUUUGUAUAUGACAAAUCAACCUCCAUUUGCAUUUGAAAUACUUCUAACACGUCUACCAACAACUCCUGUAUAUAAUACUAUUCUUCUUUCAAUCAUUUAUUUAACUAUAGCUGUAUCAAUGGAUCGUCUAAUAUUAGUAAAAUUUCCAUUAAAAGCCAAACGAAUAUUGACACAACGUGCAACAUUAAUAACAAUAUUAUUAAUAUAUAUAUUUUCUAUUGUUUAUUGUAUACCAUAUUGGUUAGAACAACGUUAUUUACCUGAAUUAAAAAGAUGUUAUUUAACAAAUAUUGGUAAAAAAAUUCAUAAAUAUACUCGAAUAUAUAUUUAUAUACCUGUUGUUUAUUUAAUACCAUUUGUAACAUUAACAUGUAUAAAUGUAACAAUAAUACAAAAUUUAAUUGCUAAAAAACGUCGUAAAAAAAGUUUAUGUGGAAAAGCUAAUAAAAAACAACAAGCUGAUUAUCAUAUAACAUUAAUGCUUGUUACAGUGAUUAUUGUUUUUGUUUUAUGUCAAUUCCCAUUAUUAAUACUUAAUGCAUGGUAUGCUAUUGAUCCUCAUGGUUCAUAUCAUAAUUUGUUAUUUCAAUCAUUAAAUACAAUUGGUGUAUUACUUAUUGUAUUUAAUACAUCAACAAAUUUUUUACUUUAUUGUUUUUUUGGACAAAAAUUUCGACAAACAUUAAUUGAAUUUAUUUUACAUAUUCUACCAACUAAACGUAAAUCAACAAGUUUACAAAAUCGAUCAACAAAAUCAAUUCAAUCACAACAAAAACAAUCAUCAGAAAAAAAUCAUCAAGAAGUACAACGUAUAUUAUCAAAAAAUUCGGAAUCAAUAAGAAAUUCUAUAAAACAUAAUAAUCAUAAUAAUAAUAUAAAACCAAAUGAAUUAAAUCAACAAAUAGUAAAUGAUAAAUUAAAUCAAAAUUCAAUUCAAAGUACAUCAAUUACUCAAGAAGUAUCACAUCCAUUAAUAACAAAAUCUGAACAAAUAUUAAUAAUAAAUGAAAAUUUUCCAUCAAAAUUCGAUCAACAAUUUCGUUUAUGUACAAGUGCAACGGGUAAACGAAUAUUAAUAUUAAGAAUUUAA